GCGCGGCCCCUCUUGCGCCGACGUUCAGUCUUCCUUGUUAUCACCAUCGAUCAAGCCUUCGGAGUCGACCAGAGUUUUUCGCUCAUCAGUUCUCUUGUAGACCACUCGACGCCUUACAGACUAAUUAGCUGGAUCCCGUGGGCUGCUAUUACGCCUGAGGCCCGAUCCGCGGCUCCCAAGCGAGGUGAUUAUAUAGCGACCCAGAUCGAUCACUCGCUUGCGUCAAUCUAACCUACCUGCUCUUCACAACGCUCUCGUCUGCCCUGUCACCCCCGUAUUGCAAACUUGCCGGCAUGAACGGUCAUGAUCAUCUGGAGAUCCACUUGAUCAUACCUCAGAUACCCAUGGUCUCCAUAUACCCCGCCCAUGUCCGCAUGCACCGGAUCAUUGUCUCGUUCCUCGUCGCCAUGGUUUGAUGACACGCCAUUGGUCGAGCGUGAACAAACUAUUUGUUCCGACUUCACAUGUUGCGGGUUGUCGCUGACAGACCUUCACUCAUUGGUGGAUCACUUUGAGGAAGCACAUGUGGUAGUAUUCGACAGCGCAGGAAACGCUGUGUACCCGCACCCCAGCCCGAUACUUCGCAGUUUCGACCGUGAGAAUGAGGGACCUUACAUGAGUGUUGUGUUGGGUUAUCCUGCGCCAAAGGCUCCUGUGGCGUUGCUCGACUUGGAACCUACGUCAGACUGUUCUUCGCCCUCGAUCUCAUCGGAGCCGACCAGUCCAAUAGAGACGAGUUCAGAGGAAAGUGCACUACCAAAGUCUUUUGGGAAGGUGAAGAGUAAGGCAGUCCGCAGUGGGAAACGCGUCCAUCAGCCUCGCCAACGAAAUAAAGACAAGAGUUAUAAGUGUCCCCGUCCUGACUGCACCAAAACGUACUUGAACGCAAACGGGUUGAAAUAUCACCUCGAAAAAGGGACAUGCAAAAGUGAGAUGCCGUUGCCGGAGUUCUACCGCUAGUCCGAGAAUUCCUCCGUAUCGAGCUCGGGUAGUACCCCACACUUGGAUUCCGCGGGAAUACAGGGUCGAAAGUACUUACUGGUACAAGUACCGGUGCUACCGACCAACAUCAGAAGAGGCUGUGCUAGCGUAGCGUACAU